AUGACCAUGGACCUGCCGCGGCUGGAGCCAGCAGCGUUGGCUUUUGUCGAAUACGAAACCGGGGAUCUGGUGGGCAUGAUACUGGCGUACAUCAGCUUGCUGCCCCUCUUUCUGUUAUUCUCCUUGGGCGUCUUGAUCAUUGUGCGCCGUGAUCUCCAGACGAUGAUGUUUUUGCUUGGCCUGCUCCUGAAUGAGGUUCUAAACUACUGGCUGAAGCACCACAUUCGCGAGCCACGCCCCGCACGAGCCAGUUCGGUCCUGGUCAAGCAUGGCAUGCCAUCAUCACAUGCUCAACUCAUGGGAUUCUUCACCAUCUACAUGAUUUUUGUUGUAUGGAAGCGCCUGAAACCCGCAGCACGACAAGACUCUCCCCCAUGGCUGGCGCGCUCCGGACAAGUGAUCGCCACCAUUGGUCUCCUUAUCCAGUUGGCUCUGGUGGCGAUUAGUCGUGUCUAUCUCUUCUACCAUACUGCCGAGCAGCUUGGCGAGCUGGCCCAUCUGUCGUAUGCUCUUGAUUAA